AUGUCUAUAUCAAAAGGGGAUGAAGAUCAUGACGCAGCUCCCUUCUUAGUCCGUCUUUUCCAUAAAACCGGCGGCUUUCCCAGGCCAGAGGAAUUUGCGUCAUCUUCUUUGCCGCCAUAUGUCUCGAUCUACACGUGGUCAACCUGCACACUCAAUGAGCUGGCCCUUGAGCUAGCAGCAGCAAAACCAAACGCAUUGCCAAAUCCUGCCAUUGGCACAAGACUCUCAUUUCAACUCGUCUGCCCGGAUUUACGCGGCGCGAGUGCUACUAAUACUAUACAGCCCAAAUUUGCCGUCAAAGAGCUGGGGAGCAUCGUCAUUGGCGAGGGCUAUCCUGGCGCAGAGGAUCCCGAUGAUGCUGGUCCUGAUGCCCUAAUGAGGGAUGACUUUGGGAAAGACAAAACGCUGGCUGACUGGAGAUUUGUUGUUGGGGACUACAUCUCGUGCGCGAUACUUCCUCCGCGGGGAGAUGGCUCCGUAGUACCGCCAGGGGCUGCUAGAAGAGGCUCAAUAUCUGGCGGGCGAGAUGGUCGCAGCGGUGGUUUCAGAGGUGGAUUUCAUGGACGAGACAGCAAUUUUGGCCGCAACAAUGGCCGUCCUAAUAGGCCAGGCUGGAGAGAUAAUAGGGUUCCAUCAGGCGAAUGGAGAAGAGGAGAACAGCUACCAGAUGGGCCACCUGGAGGGCCAAGAGGCAGGGGCCGCUGGUAA